AUGGUCAUGACCGAGAGACCUGCCAAGCGGCUCAGGAGGAGGGUGACCGCUGAUCUCCCGGACUUUUUCACCUUCCCUCAGCCCCACAGCGACGUCGUUCCCCCACAGCCCUUCCGUGAGAGCGUCCGCAGCUUCCUCAUUCGUCACGCGCACGUCACGUGCCCAUCCUCCUCGUUGUUCCCGUCCUUGGUCACCUCACAGAUCUCGCUCCGGGUCGGGCAUCCGGGCGACCCGACCGCCGUUCUUCCCUUGGACGUCGUCGAGGAGGACGUCACCCGCUCCAGACGAUCCGUCUACUGCGACCAGUGCCGAGUCGUUGGUUGGAGUGGGCAUCCGGUGUGCAAAAAACGAUACCAUUUCAUAAUAAGAAGACGCGCUGGGACUUGUGAGACUGAGAUUCCCUUGCACCAGCAGCAGCAGCAACAACAAUACAACAACAAAAGUAACAACUGUUGCAAUUCUAUGAGUGCGACAAUGGAGGAUACGGAUGAUGUUGAAGAGUGGGCGUAUCUUCAACUUCAUGAUAAUACUCAUCUUCUCCAUGCCGUCAUUCACUCCAACGGCUUUGCCCACCUUCUAACCCUCAACGGCAGACAAGGAGGCUCCACCCUUCUCUCUGGCCGUCACAUUUUGGACUUGUGGGAUAGGCUCUGUCAAACCCUCUCUGUCAGAAAAGUUAGUGUGAUGGAUGUUUCGAAGAAGUAUGGGAUGGAGUAUCGAUUGCUGCACACAAUCAUCAACGGCCAUUCUUGGUAUGGAGAUUGGGGCUAUGAAUUUGGUGCUGGGAGCUAUGCUCUCACUCAAGAUUCUUACCACAAAGCAGUGGAUACCCUGUCCAGCUUGCCUUUGCACCCUUUUCUAUUCCAACCAAGGAGACCCCGGACUCGCAUGCAGUCUGUUAUUGCUUUUUACCAAUCUUUAUCCGAUACCCAACUACCAACAAUCAAGGAUCUUUUUACAUACAUGUUGAGUCUCAUCCAUAGAUCUCGCAAGCCCACAUCAUGUAAGAAACCCCAGCAUCACACUUCCAAUGCUUUAUGUGCGUGGACGGCCAAUGAUGUCGAACAUGUGCAACAAGCUAUGAUCAAGCUGCUACUUGCAGCAGUUGGUGUUGGAGAGGAUAGCUGGGUGUCAAAGCGUGCCCUCAGGGCCGCAUUGUACAAGAGUUCCUCUCCGGAGCUUCUUGAUUACAGCCUUAAACACCUGGGAGGGAAGUUGGCAGCUAAUGGUAUGGUAAUUAAGGCCCGCUGCAGUCCCGCUUCAAUUGAUGUAGAAUACAGGCUUGAGCCAUUGAUUAUUGGGAACGUUGAUGGAUCUGAGGAUUUGAAUUAUCCAUCGGAAGAGCAAAUCCUCUGUGACCUCAAAUUUUUAUAUGAUUCCAUUAUCCACCCUGACACCAUGCUAAGCUAUACACCUCAAGUGAUGAGGGAACGUGUUAUUGACGCAGCAACUAAGCUUCUCGAUUGCAAGCAAUUUGUUAAGGACUACAUGCCUGAUAAAAUGGCAGCGGAAAGCUCCUUUGGCAUUCACCUCUGGUGUCAUGUGGAGCUUUCAGAUGAACCCAAAGAUGAUUUGGUCCUGCCUCCAGAAUUGAUUGUCUUGCCCUUGAAUGCAACCGUUGCUGACCUUAAAAGGGAAGCUACCAUAGCCUUCCAGGAAGCAUAUGCCAUGUUUAAAAGGUUUGAAGUUGAGGAAUUGCUUGAAUAUGGCUCUAUAAAUGAUUCAUUUACAGUGAAACUUCUGGUUGGAACAUGUGGCUCGAUUCGUUUAAAAGGGAGAUGCCCUGCAAAACAUGGGCUUAACCGUUUCCGGAUGGAGAGAGGACUUGAAAGCUGGACCGUUGAUUGCACAUGUGGGGCCAAGGAUGAUGAUGGGGAGAGGAUGUUGGCUUGUGAUACAUGUGGUGUUUGGCAGCACACAAGGUGUGCCGGGAUUCAUAGCUCUGAUGCGAUCCCUGCAAGGUUUGUUUGCAUGAGAUGUGUAAUCUCAUACCGCAAGAAAAGCCAAAACAUCAAUGAUCCUGCCAAGGAAGCUAAUAUUAGUGCCCCCUUCUCCAACACAACUUGCAGAGCUAAGGCAUCUGCAACUGAUAGUCCAAGCGUUGCAUCUAACAUGAACAUGACAUUUAGUGUACUUUGA